AUGACCGAUAGCGCGCAUCACUUUGUGACCUCUACAAGCCUACAGGCUGUGGCAGGUGCCCCUGUACGCCAGGAUCUGUGGGAUGAGCAUGCAGAGGCGGCCAUGGGCCAUAUCGAGCUUGCACGCUGGGCUGACCUCAUCGUCAUUGCGCCAGCCACAGCCAAUACCAUCGCGAAACUGGCACACGGCAUGGCAGAUGACCUGCUCACCACCCUUUGCCUGGCCAGCAGUGCACCGGUCUGGCUUGCCCCAGCUAUGAAUCAGCAGAUGUACCAACACCCGGCUACACAGGCCAAUCUGCUGGCUGCUCAAGCAUUGGGAUACCAGUUAAUCGGUCCUGAAUCUGGCGAUCAGGCCUGUGGCGAAGUGGGACCGGGGCGAAUGACUGAACCAGACGAUAUUGUUGCAGCUCUUGCAGCGUCUGCGCCUUCAGCACCAGCUGCCUCAACUGCAGCGACCCGCUCCCUGCACAACAAAACGGUGAUGAUCACCGCGGGCCCGACCCUGGAAGCCAUCGACCCGGUUCGGUAUAUCAGCAACCACAGCUCUGGCUUACAGGGUAUUGCGCUGGCUGAUGCUGCCCUGGCUGCAGGUGCGCAUGUGAUUUUUAUCGCCGGGCCCAAGGUGCCGCCUACCCAUCCUGACAUGCUACGCAUCGACGUCAUCAGCGCGCUCGACAUGCAGGCUGCAGUACACGCGCACCUGACCGGCGUGGAUAUUUUUAUUGGUGUUGCAGCGGUUGCGGACUAUCGGCCGCUGGAGGCCGCCGCACAGAAAAUGAAACGAGCAGGUGAUGAACAGGCAAGCUUGACCAUCGAACUGGUUGAAAACCCCGACAUCAUCGCCGGUGUUGCCCAGCAUCCGGCUAAACCGCGCCUGGUUAUUGGUUUUGCGGCGGAAACCAACGAUACCCACAAGCACGCACGGCAAAAACUCGUACGCAAAGGCCUGGAUGCCGUUGUCGUCAAUGAUGUGUCCGAUCCAGGCAUUGGCUUCAACAGUUCGGAUAAUGCCGCCACGCUGAUCCACGCCCACGGUGAAGACGCACUAAACGUGGCGAAAAAAAAAUCUAGCAAGAAAAACCGGCAGAAAUCCGGAUCCGACAAUUUCCUCACCCACGGCAGUGUAACGCUGGGCAUCAGCGCCCUUGGCUUACUGGUGGCUUUUGCUCUGGUCUGGUGGCAGGCGAUUGUACAACCUCAGCAGGCGGCUCAGAUUGCCGAGCAGGAACGCCAGUUGGACGUCUACGCACAAUUAUUCAACAGUCGCGUCGCCGACCUGCGGGCAACUGUUAACGCCAUGGCUACCGCGCCAAGCACUAUUGAGGCUCUGAUCAGUUUCAAUCCCGACGCACAGCAAGCGACUGCCGCGACCUUAGCCGCCCAACACCCUUAUGUUUCCCGGGUGGAUAUCAUCGAGAAAGGCAAAGCCGAAGUUGAUCUGAGUGCGGAAGUACCGGUGUCUUUUGCGGCCCUGGAUCUGAUCAGACGUGCAGAAACCAGAGCGUUUGUCGGACCGGAGGCGGGCGCGGCACAAGGCAACCGACUCUACGCUGCACAACCUUUAACACCAGAUGGCACCGUGGCCGGGGUCUUACUGGUGGUCUUCGAACCCGAGUUCCUGCUGGAUUCUUUGCAACACUUCACUGGCCUGCGCGGUUCACUAAAGAUUCUGCAGACGAUCGCUGGCACCCCGACCACAGCCGUUCUGGAAGCUGGCGGCAGCGAUGCAGAUUUGGCGCCGAUAGAGCAGGCGCUGUUCAUUCCCCAUUGGAAAGUUGAGUUUGCUGCGACGACAAGUGAAGUACAGCAGGUGGACAAUACCGCAGCCUUGUUCACACCCUUUGCGCUGGCGCUGGCGCUGAUCAUGGGGGGAACAUUCCUUGGUUUCUCCAUGUACAGCCGCAAAGUCAAAGAAGAUGCGCUGACGCUCACGGAUUACGUGACCCGCAUUUCUCGCGGUCGAAGCGCACCAAUGGGUCGCUAUCAGUUAAAUGCUCUGGCAGACGUGGCCGCGGCAGUGGCCGUUCACGACAAAAACCCCACCGAGCAAGCCAGCACGACGCCGAACAAAGCAGCAGACAGUGACGACGGAGAGGAUUUGUUGGAGGGGCUGGAGACAAAAAAGCCUGAGCGCGCUAAAAAGGAUUUCCUCGACGUUCAACCCAGCGGAGCACAAGACAAUUUCGGCAUAGAAGUGAGUGAAGAAGUGGGACCAAUGGAUAUGGGGAUUGAUUUCGACCCAGGUAUUUUCCGUGCAUACGACAUUCGUGGCAUCACCACAACCAACCUGACCGAAGAGGUUGUGUACUGGAUCGGGCGCGCAUUCGCCGCAGAAGCUUUGGCAAAGAAACAGUCACGGGUGGCUGUCGGCCGCGAUGGGCGUCACUCUGGCGAACCUUUACAGGCCUCACUGACAAGAGGGCUCACAGAAGGUGGCAUCGAUGUCAUCAGCAUCGGUCGUGUACCCACCCCUACGCUCUACUACGCCACCUAUGCCCUGGACACCGGCACCGGCAUUAUGAUCACCGGCAGCCACAACCCACCUGAAUACAAUGGCCUGAAGAUGAUGCUCGGCGGCGUCACCCUGGCAGAAGAUAUGAUCCAGGCUCUGUUCCGCCGUUUGCAGAACAAUGACCUCAGCGAAGGCGAAGGCGACGUUGACGAGAUUAACCUGGAUGACAGCUAUAUCGAUAAAGUGCUUGAAGAAGUUGCCAUCGCGCAGCCUCUUAAGGUAGUUGUCGACUGCGGUAAUGGGGUUGCCGGCGACAUUGCACCUCGUCUGUUGCGUGAGCUUGGCUGUGAGGUCAUUGAGCUGUAUUGCGAAAUCGACGGCGAUUUUCCCAAUCAUCACCCAGACCCUGCUGAGCCUGAAAACCUGGAAGAUCUGCGCACCGUUGUGCAGGCUGAGAAAGCUGACCUGGGGCUUGCCUUCGACGGCGAUGGUGACCGCCUGGGUGUGGUGACCAACAGCGGCGAAAUCAUCUGGCCUGACAAGUUGAUUAUGCUGUUCGCGCAAGACAUCGUGAGCCGAAAUCCAGGCGCAGACAUCAUUUAUGAUGUGAAGUGUUCACGUCACCUGAACAAUAUCAUCAGCGAGUUGGGUGGACGCCCAAUCAUGUGGAAGACGGGCCACUCCCACAUGAAAGCCAAAAUUAAAGAAACCGGUGCGUUGCUGGCUGGUGAAUUCAGCGGCCACAUCUGUUUUGGUGAGCGCUGGUACGGUUUUGACGACGCGCUUUAUUCCGCCGUGCGCCUUCUGGAAAUUCUGAGCACCGAUGGCCGUACAGCGGACGAGAUUUUCGCUCAAUUUCCGGUUACCUUCACAACGCCGGAAAUCAAGAUCACCACCACCGAGUCUGAAAAAUUUGAGAUUAUGGAAAAACUCUCAGCCGGCGCAGACUGGGGUGACGGCACCAUCACCACCAUUGACGGCAUUCGCGUCGACUACGCUGACGGUUGGGGCCUGAUCCGACCAUCCAAUACCAGUCCAGUGCUGUCGUUACGCUUUGAAGCUGAUGGGCCCGGUGCGCUGGACAGAAUUCAGGAUGAGUUCCAACUACAACUGACUCAGAUCGUACUGACCGAGGCUCUACCUUACAUACAACAGUUCCAGGGACACACAAUUGUCAUCAAAUAUGGCGGCAAUGCCAUGACCGAUGAAUCGCUCAAGCAGUCUUUUGCGCGAGAUGUUGUGCUCUUGAAACUGGUGGGCAUCAAUCCGGUAAUCGUACAUGGUGGCGGGCCACAGAUUGGCACUUUGCUGAAAAAGCUGAACAUAGAAUCGCGCUUUGUGAAUGGCAUGCGUGUAACUGAUGCCGCGACCAUGGACGUGGUGCAGAUGGUUCUGGGGGGGUUGGUUAACCAGGAAAUUGUUGCGCUGCUGAAUACCAAUGGUGGCCAUGCCGUUGGUAUCACCGGCAAAGACGGUGAUCUGAUACGGGCAAAAAAACUCGCCAUGCCGCCCAACCUGAACGCGCCGGAAAUUAUUGAUAUCGGCCACGUUGGCGAAAUCACCAAAGUAGAUACCAGCAUUCUGACGACCCUGACAGCGUCAAAUUUCAUUCCCGUCAUUGCACCCAUCGGCAUUGGUGCCGAGGGUGAGUCUUACAACAUCAAUGCGGAUAUUGUCGCAGGCAGCAUCGCUCAGAGUUUGCGCGCCGAAAAGCUGCUGUUACUGACCAACACACCAGGCAUCCUGGAUGCAGACAAGAAAACGAUCAGCGCGAUAAACGCAUCCGGCAUUGCCAAGCUGAUUGAUGAAAACAUUAUUAACGAAGGCAUGUUACCCAAGGUCCAAUGUGCACUGGAUGCAGUAGCGGCCGGCGUGCAAAGCGUACAAAUUGUAGAUGGUCGUGUACCGCACGCCCUGUUGCUGGAAGUUUUCACAGCCAGCGGCGUUGGCACACAGAUUGUUUCGGAUGAGACAAGUACGGCAUGA